AUUCCCUCUAAUACGAUUAGGUCGGCUGCACUGGCCUUCCCGUACGAGGGCGGCAACUCGCGGGGCUUUACCAGCACGACUCUCGGCGCGGCUUCCACACACCUACCUGCCUUAGCAUUAUCCAAGGCGUCCCCGAAGAGACAACGCAACGGGACGGGACGAAUCCGAACCUAUUGAGGGCCCUUCUUUCCUUUCGUGUUCUCUUGGAGCCCCUUCUCAGCGCUUUCCGUAUCUCCUUUCGCACCCGUGCGGACGCCCAAACUCCCGGCCGUUCGACCUCCAUUAGCACGCAGCAGCAGCUUAUUAGCUGCAGUCCGUUUGACAGCAUUCUUCCAAACAUCUGACUUAGCUUCAUGCGCCAGACUCAUCACAACUCGACUACGUCUUUCUGAUGGCCUUGCGCAAGCAUCGAUUAUCCCUCCAGCACCGCAUCUAAUCGAUCCGACCGGCAGAUUCGAUUCGGUCAUAAUAGCCCCCUCGAGGCAGGGUUCUACGCCAUGGCGACCGAACCGACGUCAGCAGACGUCGCUCAGUUUUGCGAAAUCACCAGUCUCGACCCCGUCCUGGACCGCAGCCUGGUUAUUUCCGCCCUCAAGAGCAACACCUCUUUGGAACAGCUCAUAGGCGAAUACUACGAGGGCUCUGACGCGUUUCGAAGGAAGUACACCUGGGACGACACAGCUUUCGGCGCCGGUCGCGAGGGAGAGCCAAACAACACGGGCAUAGCUUUCAAUAUCGAAGCGCCAGACAAUGCCGUCAUCCAAGGGGUCACCCCUCCGCCUGACACCGGAUUCUACGGGCCCUCCGUCGGAGCUCCCUCACGACCACCAUCGAGAACCAAUAACCGAUCGCCGCUUGGUAGGAUGAUAGAAUGGACGGCAGGGGACACUACCGGAGCGCCCAGCAGUGCCGAGCAGUAUGAAGAGGACUUGCAGCGGGCCCUGCGUGAGUCGCAAGCGGACGCUGGCUUCAAGCCGCAGGAAGCUGGCGUCACAGAUACUGGCGCAAGCGCGACGUACUUCGGGCCGGCUAACAGGCCCGACUAUGAUCAGAACAGCUGGGCCAUGGUGACAACCGCAACGACUUCGAGCCAAGCUGUUGUCGACGGCGACCCGCCACCCUCGGCAAGAAAGCGAGUCGAGGGUGCACCCGCAUUCCUCAUCCAGAAGCCCAACGCUCGCAACUCGUCGCAGCGGUUGGGUUCCGUGCUGACGAUCCUCCACGAAAUCCCUCUGGCGCGCAACGUUCUUCUACAAGCCGGCAAGCCAGCUGCCAGUUACGGCCACAAUAGUGAAUGGUGGAAGGGCCAGCCGAUAUAUCCCCCCCACGUUCUUGCCGCCAUGCAACAGGGCGAGCUCCAAUGGUCGGAAGACUCGAAACCAGACUUUCACGAAGAAAUUCACCGCUUGAUGGCCUUCCUCGAUCUGACCGAGAGAAGCUAUGGAUCAGUCGAGACCAUGGCGGAUUUGGUGCCCAAAACCAACUUCAGCCCUGAGAGACAAUUCUACGACACUCUUGACGAGAAGACGGAUGCAGAGGUCCUCAAGCCCAUGACCCACGUUGCCUGUCCAUUAUCGCUGCAGACGUUCGAGCCGACGCAAGAGCCAACGCGGUUUGCGUUCCUCAACUUCGAGUUGACUAAAAGCCAAUGUGAGCAAACCAAAACUCUCUAUGAUGCUUGGAACUGGAUUGUCUGGCAAGAGUCCAUGACGUGGGCGGAGCUCCAGCCGAACAUGGGGAUGGUUGUUCUCGACGACAUGGGCGAGAUAAUGACCGUCAACAUUGACGCUGAGGACCCUCCAGAAAAGCUGGAGAUACCCGAAGUCUGGUACCCAGAACGUUAUCUCGUGAGCCGGAAGGAAGAAGCGAGGGUUUUCCAGGAACACCUCGCCUGGAUUUCCCGGGCUCUAUACGAGGCUCGUUCGAAGGAGUUUGAGCUCACCAAAUGGAUUGAUCCCAAGACGGACAAGCUCCAUGACAAGGAGGAAAUGCUGGAAAAGACGAUCAAAGAGUACGAGAGCCAUGUGCAGUACCUCGACGGGCUGGGUCGCUUUCGAGAGCUGCAAAAGCUCGAAAACGAAGAUGAGAAGCAGUACACGCGCCUCGAAGAUGUGCCUUGCGUCAAAACAGAAGCCGAGGAAGCGCUGGCCAAGAGCUCGCAACAGGUGGUUGACAGAUGUGUGUGGGAGCUGUCUCAGCUCAGAGAGACGAAGAAAAGACUUGACUGGGAACGCGAGAGACUCCUUGAGCGGCAACAGUUGGUCAGCAGCACUCUGCUCACAGACCCCAACAAGCCGGGCUUGACCAAGCCGUUCACCGGCAAGAAGUAUCUUCUCAGGGGAAUCGCUACGUCGCCGAACGUGACCUACGUCUGCAAGCGAGCCGAACUAGCCCUGAUUGACAUUGAGGAGGCAUCUACUCCUGUGGACCAGUGGUGGCGGCUGUCAUACGAGCAGGGCAGCGCGAACCCUGCAAAGGCCGAGAAAUACUCGUUUGAGCAGGUAAUGGAGAAGAUGUUUUGGGAGACUAAAGGCCCCCUCCUCGUUUACGCCACAGAAGACGCGAUAAACACACCGGCAUCGCCUCUGUCGGACGCCCUCCAGCGAUUUGCUCGGGCAGAAAAUAAGAACUUCAAACAGGAACUGAACCAAGAAAGCAUGGAGGAGAGCGUACAGCCGAGGAACACAGACAUGUCGCCAAUCUCGCCAUCAAAGAGGAAGUACCGCUCAGGCAGUGUCGACUCUAUGGCCACCAACCGAGCCUCCCUGGGGAACAGCGACACCAACUCAAGAGCAGGCGACUUUGACAACGAUCCCUUUAGCGACGGAGACGGGACAAUGGACACUGAAAUGACGGACAUGGCUUCGAGGCAAGGCGCUACGGAGAUGUCCAGUGUAAGCUUGGCCGAGUUUAUGCAUUCUGGCGACAUUGACGACACGGCACGGCCUCGUAACACCAAUCCACUCAGUCCUGGGCAACAUGGGCUUUCAGCCUCCACUCCCGCCGACGAUAUUAGCCGUACUGUGACGCCAGACAAUGAGGAUCAGACCAAGGGCCCGGAGAUGCAAGAGAGGGUUGGCAGUCCUUUCAUGGCCAGACAUUCAAUAUAUGGCAUGGCACACGACCCGAGGGAUGAGCAAAAGACAAUCAAGAUGAUGGACAUGGAAAUUCCUGACGAGCAUCAGUAGCGCCAAGACUAGAGGGCAUCACAAGAGGAACAUAAAGGCACGCGGUGGGUUUGCGCAAACGGCUUAGGAAUGAUGAGCUGGGAGGCAAGGACACGAAGCAGCGUUGGCUUCUC